AUGGAUACGCUGGCUCUUGUUGAAGGUGUUUAUCAAAUUCCUGAUGACUUCCCGACAUGCUCGGUGGUAGGUGGACCAGGCGGGAAAGAGUUUGACGAUUCCGACAAGUUAGAACAUGGACAAAAAGUGAAGUCUAUCACGAUAUGUCAUGAUCAUCGCGUGGAUGGUCUUGGCAUUAGUUUCGUGCCUCCGAAUGGCAUGAGUCAAGAUCCGUUUCACGGCAGUAGAGAUAGUUGUCGUACUCAUGAAUUGGCUUCUGACGAAUACAUUACACACUGGGAAGCGCAAACUGUAAAAGCCGACGAUAAAACUAGAAUUAGCUACAUCAGAUUUAUGACCAACAAGAAGGUUACUUUCGAAGGAGGUCACGAGACAUCGAAUGAAAACAACAAGGCGGGUUGCGACGCUCCCCCAGGAUAUCAACUUGGCGGAUUCUAUGGGCGCGCAGGACAGGAGAUUGAUGCGGUUGGUCCAAUUUGGGUCAAGCUAGACCCUCAACAGCCACAACAAGUUUCUGACGCGCUUCAGCAGACUCGAAAUUAA